CGCUGUAUAAAUAUUUCUAAGCCUAAGUAAAAUCAUUUGUUCUGCUGCCUCCACUUGAUACUUCAUAUACUCAUCUGGAUUCAGAGGACACUAGGAUGGGUGACAAUGAUACUGGUGGCCAAGGCGCAAUCAUAUCAAGGCGCCAUGGAUGCAGCAAGAAUGAUUUGUUCCCUGAAGAAUCGUUUCGAAGCUGGGGAAACUAUAGCAGGGCAAUCCGUGCCACUAAAUCACGCUUUAAGAAUCGUCUCCUGACGCGUUCAAGUGACAACCUGGAGAUAAAUGAAAUGCGCGCUAGGAGCCAGAAUGAGAUGAAAAAAACACUCAAUUGGUUUGAUAUCAUGUGGUUCGGUGUUGGUUCAGUAGUAGGAGCUGGAGUUUUUGUCCUCUCAGGACAAGCUGCUAAGAAUGAUGCAGGCCCUGCUGUCGUGAUCUCGUACCUUAUUUCGGGUUUAUCUGCUCUGCUUUCUGUCCUCUGUUAUACUGAAUUUGCUGUGGAGCUUCCUGUUGCUGGAGGCUCAUUUGCGUAUCUGAGAGUAGAGCUUGGUGAUUUUUUGGCCUUUUUGGCUGCUGGGAAUCUUCUGCUAGAGUACAUUUUGUCUGGGGCAAGCGUGGCACGUUCUUGGACUUCAUAUUUUGCCACAUUGUGUAACCACAAACCUGAUGAUUUCCGCAUACAUGCUUCAGUUCUUGCUGAUGGCUACAACGAGUUGGAUCCGAUUGCAGUUGUUUUAUCAGUGGCCAUCUGCAUUGGCGCGUGUCUGAGCAUCAAGGGCUCUUCAAGGUUCAACUCAUUCGCGACUCUGGUCCAUCUUCUGGUCAUGAUAUUUAUCCUUAUUGCUGGCCUCACCAAGAUUGAUACUUCUAAUUUUCAGCCUUUUGCACCUUUUGGCGUUCAUGGUGUUCUGAGAGCUUCAGCUAUGCUUUUCUUUGCAUAUGUGGGGUUUGAUGGUGUUUCGACGUUGGGGGAGGAGAUCAAGAAUCCGGGGAGAGACAUACCUAUUGGCCUCAUUGGUUCAAUGCUCAUCACUAUAACACUUUACUGCCUUUUAUCAGCCACAUUGUGCCUUAUGCAGCCAUACAGCCAGCUCGAUUCAGAUGCGCCAUUUACAAUUGCCUUCGAAGCAGUUGGAAUGAGUUGGGCUAAAUAUAUAGUCGCUUUUGGUGCAUUGAAGGGAAUGACUACAGUUGUGCUUGCUAACAUCAUUGGCCAAGCUAGAUACUUCACUCACAUUGCAAGAACGCAUAUGGCUCCUCCAUUUCUUGCGGUGAUCAAUGAGAAAACCAAGACCCCGGUGAAUGCCACUGUUAUAAUGACAAUUGCAAACUGUCUGGUUGCCUUCUUCACAAGCCUUGAUAUCUUGGCAAAUCUUCUCUCAAUCGCCACACUUUUCAUCUUCUCACAAGUUUCCAUCGCGCUAUUAGUCAGGAGAUACUACGUGUCUGGUGAGACAUCCAGUUCUGACAGAAACAAACUCAUCGGAUUCUUGGUUUUAAUCAUAUUUUCAUCGAUAGGCUUAGCUAUCGUUUGGGUAGUAAGUGAGAGUUACAUUGGCUACACAGUCAUGGCUGUGCUUUGGUUUGUGUCUACUCUGGGGCUGAAACUGAGUCUGAAACAAGCAAGAAAACCGAAAGUGUGGGGUAUUCCAUGGAUGCCUUGGUUGCCAGCUGCUAGUAUACUAAUCAACAUAUUCAUCAUGAGUUCUAUCGACGGAUCUUCUUACAUCAGAUUCUUGGUGUGGACAGCAAUUCUGUUGAUCUAUUACUUGCUUGUAGGAUUACAUGCUUCAUACGAUGCAGCAGUCGAAAAUACGAAAGCAAGAAAUGUAGCUGCAGAAAUGGCCAAUGUUGAAGCUGGAGUAGCACCAGUAACAGCACCAAAUGCCGAAGAAGCCAGCAGAACAUAGUAGCAGACAAAUUCCAAUAAGAUUUGAUCAAGCCUUUGGAGCUUGUUCAAAAUUUGUUUCGUGUGACAUGGCAAGGACAUUGUUUUAUUAUUUUACAUUCAGCGAGCAUCAAUAUGUACAGGUAAAGUAUUUCUUAAUUACGAUUCGGAAUUGAUUAUUUUAGAUUCGGAAUUGAUUAUUUUAGUUUUCAUUCUUGAGACA